AUGCCAUUCGACUCCCAAGGUUGUAAAUGGUCUUGUGAAUCCUGUAUUCGAGGACACCGCUCGUCCAAAUGUGCACACUAUGACCGACCGAUGAAGAGAAUCCCUAAGGUUGGACGUCCGUUAGCAAAGUGCUCACACGUCAAUGGGGCUGAUUGCAGUUGUCAGGAGGCUUGGGCGAUUAUGGUUCGUCUUGCUCCAGGAUCGAUGGUUUGCAGACCAGAAUCUGAGACUCAGCCGGUACAGCAGCAGCAGGUCGAUCAUGUUUAUGCUGAGGGUAUAUGA